AUGGGUGCACUGCUUUAUGAGACGGGUGCAGUGCAUUAUGAGACGGGUGCAGUGCUUUAUGAGACGGGUGCACUGCUUUAUGAGACGGGUGCACUGCUUUAUGAGACGGGUGCAGUGCUUUAUGAGACGGGUGCAGUGCUUUAUGAGACGGGUGCAGUGCUUUAUGAGACGGGUGUAGUGCUUUAUGAGACGGGUGCACUGCUUUAUGAGACGGGUGCACUGAUUUAUGAGACGGGUGCACUGCUUUAUGAGAUGGGUGCACUGCUUUAUGAGACGGGUGCAGUGCAUUAUGAGACAGGUGCAGUGCUUUAUGAGACGGGUGCACUGCUUUAUGAGACGGGUGCACUAAUUUAUGAGACGGGUGCAGUGCUUUAUGAGACGGGUGCAGUGCUUUAUGAGACGGGUGCAGUGCUUUAUGAGACGGGUGCACUGCUUUAUGACACGGGUGCACUGCUUUAUGAGACGGGUGCACUGCUUUAUGAGACGGGUGCAGUGCAUUAUGAGACGGGUGCACUCCUUUAUGAGAUGGGUGCACUCUUUUAUGAGACGGGUGCAGUGCUUUAUGAGACGGGUGCAGUGCUUUAUGAGACGGGUGCACUGCUUUAUGACACGGGUGCAGUGCUUUAUGAGAUGGGUGCUGUGCUUUAUGAGACGGGUGCACUGCUUUAUGAGACGGGUGCACUGCUUUAUGAGACGGGUGCACUGCUUUAUGAGACGGGUGCAGUGCUUCAUGAGACGGGUGCAUUGCUUUAUGAGACGGGUGCAGUGCUUUAUGAGACGGGUGCACUUCAUUUUGAGACGGGUGCAGUGCUUUAUGAGACGGGUGCAUUGCUUUAUGAGACGGGUGCACUUCUUUAUGAGGCUGGUGCAGUGCUUUAUGAGACGGGUGCACUGCUUUAUGAGACGGGUGCAGUGCUUUUUAAGACGGGUGCACUGAUUUAUGAGACGGUUGCACUGUUUUAUGAGACGGGUGCACUGCUUUAUGAGACGGGUGCACUGCUUUAUGAGACGGGUGCACUACUUUAUGAGACGGGUGCAGUGCUUUAUGAGACGGGUGCUGUGCUUUAUGAGACGGGUGCAGUGCUUUAUGAGAUGGGUGUAGUGCUUUAUGAGACGGGUGCACUGCUUUAUGAGACGGGUGCACUGCUUUAUGAGACGGGUGCACUUCUUUUUGAGACCGGUGCAGUGCUUUAUGAGACGGAUGCAUUGCUUUAUGAGACGGGUGCAGUGCUUUAUGAGACGGGUGCACUGCUUUAUGACACGGGUGCACUGCUUUAUGACACGGGUGCACUGCUUUAUGACACGGGUACACUGCUUUAUGACAAGGGUGCACUGCUUUAUGAGACGGGUGCACUUCUUUAUGAGGCUGGUGCAGUGCUUUAUGAGACGGGUGCACCGCUUUAUGAGACGGGUGCAGUGCUUUAUGAGACGGGUGCACUGCUUUAUGAGACGGGUGCACUGCUUUAUGAGACGGGUGCACUUCUUUUUGAGACGGGUGCAUUGCUUUAUGAGACGGAUGCAUUGCUUUAUGAGAAGGGUGCACUUCUUUAUGAGGCUGGUGCAGUGCUUUAUGAGACGGGUGCACUGCUUUAUGAGACAGGUGCAGUGCUUUUUGAGACGGGUGCAGUGCUUUAUGAGACGGAUGCAUUGCUUUAUGAGACGGGUGCACUUCUUUAUGAGGCUGGUGCAGUGCUUUAUGAGACGGGUGCACUGCUUUAUGAGACAGGUGCACUGCUUUAUGAGACGGGUGCAGUGCUUUAUGAGACGGGUGCAUUGCUGUAUGACACGGGUGCACUGCUUUAUGAUAUGGGUGCACUGCUUUAUGAUACGGGUGCACUGCUUUAUGACAAGGGUGCACUGCUUUAUGAGACGGGUGCACUGCUUUAUGAGACGGGUGCAGUGCUUUAUGAGACGGGCGCACUGCUUUAUGAGAUAGGAGCGACAUAG